AUGGACAGCUAUGGUGAAUUAGAUGAGGAGCCUGGAGAACAGAAGACACGGACCGGACCAGAAGAAACUCCAGAAACCUUAUUGAGUGACAGAAUGGUGGAACUCGCCAAGCUCAAGGGGAAACUCACCAAAGCUAAAGAUGAGGCGGUGCAAUCAUGGUUAGAUUCAAAACCCGUCAUUGAUGACCUUGAAAAGCUACGAUCAGAACUUGCAGAUGCAAAGAGCCGUACAGCCUUGUCAAAUACUGCUAUUCCGGAGCUUGAGGCUCAGCUAGAAACUUUGGAUGCCGCUAUCAGGGAUAAGAAAGAUGAAGAACUAAAGAUUCGAACAAUGAUCAACAAGAUAAAUCAGAUUUUACAAAGGACGCAGGCAGAGAUGGAGCUAAUCAAAAUCGAAAGAGAUGAAAAGCAUCGCGCUAGAUUGAAACUUAAGAAAGUCCUUCGGCUCAGGAGGCAGACUCUUAGGACUUUGCAACACACGCUGAGAGCAGUUCGUUUGGAAUCAGAAGCUUAUGGAACCUCAACUGCUGAAGCAAAUCGUUACAUCCACCACUCAGAGAUGGAUGACAAGGUAGUCAAGCUUACUCAAGAAGAGUACCAUGAGUUAACAAAAAAAGCUAGACAAGAAACUUCAAUGGCAGAAUGGAGGAUUUCAGUAUCCUUGGAACAAAAACAGGCUGCCAAAGAAAGUAAAGAAUCUGCUGCCAAAAGACUGCAGAACAUGCAUUCUCUGAGUGGGUCAAGGAAAAGGGAAGACGAAGCUGAUGGGGUAGAAGAUCGUAUUCCACCAAAAGUAGAAAAGUCACAUCCAUAUGUCAAGGUCAGAUCACAUCCUACAGAUGCACAGAUUGGUCUUCAGGAAAAUAAGGCCACCUCAAACUCCAACCCCGCCCAAAGAAACUCAAAGCAACAGUCCAAGAAAACAAGACGCAAAAACAAAAGGCUCUCCAAGAGGAAAAACCCAUCAUGCUUUACCAGGAUAAGGAUUAUAAUUGUACAGAAGAUCAAAAACUUCUUCUAA